AUGAAUACCGAUCGUCUGCUUAAGUCAGGCAAUUGGGUACGCGAUGAGCUAUUGGUUCGUUUAGCACAUCGCAUUAGAGAUUUUCAACAAUUACCCUUCUUUGUCGGUACUAAUCCUCACAUUGAGUACGUUUACAAACUCUAUUGGGGAGCUUUCAAAUCAAUCCGCGCCUUUCCAGCUAUUAAAACGCAUGAAGACAAUUUAGAAUUUUGUCAGCUCCUACAAAAUUUGUUAGAGGAUGGGCUGUUGGUGUUGCCGCGACUGGCACAAGGCAUAGGCGAAAGUGCCCGCUUUUACCAGAACCCUGAACAGAAAGAUUUAGAUCUGUUUUUGAAUAGAAUAUUGAGGUCGUACGUUUCAAGAAGGGUCAUCGCAGAACAGCACUUGGCUUUGACAGAAGCGUGUGAACAUCAGUGGGAUCUGCACACAGGGUUUGGAGAUGGUUAUGUAGGGAUUAUAUUCGUUCAUUGUUCAGCCUCAGAUAUACUAAAAAGGGCACAACAGUUAGUGUUCCAAAAUGUACAUCGGUACCAUACAGGCGACAACGUUUGUCAGAUGAUACCGCCAAAAAUUGAUGUAGCUAUACAGAAUAAUACACCGAUAAAUGAAAGCCAGAAUGGUGAAAUUCUGUUCGCUUACGUGCCUGAGCAAUUAGAGCGCAUUCUAUACGAAUUAUUAGACAAUGCGGUGCGAUUUACCAUGCUGAAACACCCUGACGGAAACUACCCUCCUAUUAAAGUAACUGUCAGUGCCAAUGAGUCCGAUGUUUAUUUUAGAGUGUCCGAUCAGGGCGGUGGCAUAAGCUCACAACGCUUUGAACAACUUUGGUCCUAUCAAUCACGGUCACAGAUGGGAGAGUUUAAUGAGAUGAAGCAAGUUUCGAAAGUACCAGUAGCUAUUGAUGACAGAGUAAGCCAGGCUUCCGAAAUGGGCCAUCGACAUUUAGGCUUGGGACUAACAAUGAGCCGUAUAUACGCUGAAUAUUGGGGAGGUGAACUACAAGUGAUACCAAUGGAUGGAUUCGGAACAGAUGCAUAUGUGCGUAUUCCACGACUAGGUACCAACGCUGAAAACUUAGGCAUCAGUCACCAGUCCGAACACCCAGAUUUUUACGAUAAUGUAAAAUCAAAAUAUACCAUUUACAAUUCUUCAAAAGUACCUAAACAACAUAACAAAAAGAGGCCACUAGCGACUUCAGAAAAAUCCAAGCACAGCAAUGCAGCAUCGAUAUCUACCUUACCGAAACAGCAGCAUCUGUAUAAUAAUAUGUUAACACAUUCAUAUAAUGGGAAUGGCUGGAGUGAAAGCCGAAUGAUCAGAUCAUAG